AUGGGAUCCCCUCUCCCCGUCCGAUCGGCGGCUCUCGCCCGCGACACCAACGAGACCAAGAUCCAACUCGCCAUCAACCUCGACGGCGGCGAAUUCCCAGCCGACACGGAUGCCCGUCUGCUCAAGGCCACCACCGGCCACGCCUCCCAGUCCAGCAAGUCGCAAAACAUCUCCGUAAACACCGGAAUCGGCUUCCUCGACCACAUGCUCCACGCGCUAGCCAAGCACGCGGGCUGGAGUUUCGCAAUCAACUGCGAGGGCGAUCUUCACAUUGACGACCACCACACCGCUGAAGACUGCUGCAUUGCUCUCGGAUACGCCUUCAAUCAGGCACUCGGGAGUCUGGCCGGCGUCGCCCGGUUCGGAUACGCAUAUGCGCCGCUGGACGAGGCCCUUUCCCGCGCCGUCGUCGACCUGUCCAACCGUCCCUACAGCGUGAUCGACCUGGGGCUGAAGCGCGAGUGGCUGGGGAAGCUGAGCACCGAGAUGGUUCCUCACUGCCUGCAGAGCUUUGCGCAGGGCGCCCGGGUGACUCUGCACGUUGACUGCCUGCGGGGCGACAAUGACCACCACCGGGCCGAGAGUGCGUUCAAGGCCUUGGCUGUGGCUAUCAGGAUGGCUACGACGAGGGUCAAGGGCAAGGAGGGUGAGGUUCCUAGCACGAAGGGUACACUGAGCGCUUGA